ACAUGCGGGAGAAACGGAAUAGCUGAUAAAAGAGCAGAAUACCGCACAAACUCAACAGCAUUUACUAACCACUUCUCCGGCUCACUGACGCGUCACUGCUAGAGUUAAAUCACUCCAAUUAUUCUACAAUGUCGCAGCACUUCAGGAGCGGACCAGCUUUCGGACUCUCCGCUGAGGUGAAGAGCAAGCUCGCACAGAAAUAUGACACUCAGAAGGAGGAGGAGCUCAGGCUUUGGAUCCAUGAGGUGAUGGGACGCAAGGUUCCAGACAACUUCAUGGAAGGUCUGAAAGAUGGAGUCAUACUUUGCGAACUCAUCAACACUCUUCAGCCCAGCUCAGUAAAAAAGAUAAACAACUCCACUCAGAAUUGGCAUCAGCUGGAAAACAUUGGCAAUUUUGUGCGAGCUAUUCAGGAGUACGGUCUGAAGCCACAUGACAUCUUUGAGGCCAACGACCUGUUUGAGAACGUCAACCACACUCAGGUUCAGAGCACUCUGAUCACUCUGGCUGGAAUGGCCAAAUCUAAAGGCGUCCACACUAAACAUGACAUAGGGGUGAAGUAUGCAGAGAAACAGCAGCGCAGGUUCGCACCUGAAAAGCUUAAGGAGGGACGCAAUGUUAUCGGUCUGCAGAUGGGAACCAACAAGUUUGCCAGCCAAAAGGGGAUGACAUCAUACGGCACACGGCGUCACCUCUAUGACCCCAAGGCUGCAAUGGAGAAUCCUCUGGACCAGUCAACAAUCAGCCUUCAGAUGGGAACUAACAAAGGAGCCAGUCAGUCUGGUAUGACAGCACCGGGCACAAAACGGCAGAUCUUUGAUAAAAAGCUGGACAUGGAGACCUGUGACACAUCAAUCGUGUCACUCCAGAUGGGCACCAACAAGGUAGCAUCACAGUCUGGCAUGACAGUGUAUGGGCUGCCACGUCAGGUCUAUGACAGCAAGUACUGCAGCAACCCUGAAGAGUACAUGGACAACGGCCAAGACAUGCACAUUGACGGAUAUCAGUAUUCUGACUAAAACGUCCACAUGCUGCUUUUUUUAAAUCCACCUGCAUUGUUUGCCCACUGUUCACUGUUUGUUUUAAUGUCAUCUUACAAGACCACAGUAACCAUUAAUAGACUUCAGCUUAAGCUAAAAAUUAGGUCCAGUUUAAGCAUUAUUAACUGUUUUGCCUACCGGCUGCCCAAACUUCUCACUCAAAAUAGUUUUUAUUUUUGGAGUGUAGCAGAAUUCUGUGAUCUUAUUUUAUAGCAGUUUAUUUAGCACAGAUAUAUUGCUGUGCUCUAAAAAUGACAGUGGAAAAGUGAUAAAAUUAUAUGUGCAUAUAUAUUUAUGGUGCCUUAUAAUAUGAGUUGGUUUUUUUUCUGCAAAAAAGAAAUAGCCCUGAAACCUGCUGCUGCAUCUGAUUGUGAAUAAGUCACAAACUUAGUUAGAAGUUAGAAAACACACAAGCGCUAUGCAACUGACCGAGUGCACUGAAAUUAAGUCACAAGCUGAGGACACUCACUAAUAACUAAGAACUGCUUCUGGAGUUUUGAGAGAUCACUCACUGCCCACAUGAACACCCAAGUGAAAACAAAAUUAUUUUAAACCAAAGCGGUUCCUGGCAAGUGGAAUCUAUAAUUGAAUCAGAAGUUUAUCCUGGUCAGGGUAAGAAUAAUGUGUGCACUGCAGGAAUACCCUACAUUACCCACCAACCCAUCACAGGGCUUCAGCCUCCCUAAGGGAGACAUAACCAAUCAUGUCCAUGUAGACACCCGGCCAGCUGAUAGCACCACUAAGAGAUUUGAACCCGGAUCUCAGAGGUGGUAGGAUAGCCUAAUAAACCACCACACUACCCUAGUUUUAUAGGUGUACACUUCCUAAAAUUGAAUGUAAAUGUUUGAUUUUACUGUUUUGCCGUGUUCCCUCCUUGACGUUCAUAUCUGUAUAUUAUCUUAAGAUGGUUUUCAAAUACAUCAACAGUAUAAAUCAGCUGAGCCAUAAAUCAAGCUGAACUGUAAAGGUGCAGUACAAUAUGACCAGAAGAAUGUACACCACUCCAGUAUUGCAUGACUUUUGGAAAUGUUUAAUGUUUGGUACAUUGUUUCCAUUACAGCUUAAAGCCAAAUCACACUAUGAGCCUUGUAGAAUUCAUUUCCUCCUGCAUGUUUUCUUUUUAUAUGCAAAUUUUGUGGUACACAUAAACCAAUGAGUAUUAAUUUUAACAGCUCUGGAUGCAACACGUUUUAUGUUAAAUUUAAAAUUAGUCAAUUCAGUACAGUUCUAGUUCAGGAAAAGGCAGGGGGUGGAAUGAUUCCUACACCUGAAGCAGGUUUACUAUGGUGUCAUGAUUUCAUUGUGAAUCAGUCACACUGUUUUUGAAAUAAAAAUUUAAAUAUAGUUUA